AUGAAAGAGAUUUUAUCGAAGAAGCGAAGGUUGGAAGACUUUGAGAUAGUGGCACUUACUGAGGAGUGCAGUGCAAUUCUACAAAGGAAGCUCCCACAAAAGCUUCAAGAUCCGGGAAGUUUUACUAUCCCUUGUACUAUAGGGAAAUUUGAAUGCAAACAUGCACUUUGUGAUCUAGGAGCAAGUAUCAAUCACAUGCCUCUAUCUGUUUUUCGGAAGCUUGGUCUUGGUGAGGCAAAGCCUACUACUAUUACUCUUCAACUCGCGGAUCGAUCAAUCAAGCACCCAAGGGGAGUCAUUGAAGAUGUGUUAGUCAAGGUUGACAAGUUUAUUUUUCCAACGGAUUUCAUUGUUCUAGAUAUGGAGGAGGAUACAACGGUUCCCAUUAUUCUUGGGAGACCAUUCUUGGCUACUGGGCAAGCCCUUAUUGAUGUGCAAAAGGGUGAGUUGAGGUUGAGAGUUUAA